AUGUCCGACGCGUCCAAAGACCUCGUCCUGCCCCGUCCGGGCGGGGCCUACGGCUCGCAAGCGCCGAUACCGGGUGCGUCCGAAGAAGCCUUCACGGCGGCUUUCGGCGCGCUACUUCCGCCCGCCCAAUAUCUCACCACGCCCACCGGCAAAGCCGCCUACUUCGAGAUACCCCCUUCCUCGCCCGGGGACGGCGCGAACGCACCCGAUCGCGUUCUUUUUAUCCACGGCGUGCAGACCCCUGCCCUGGGCAUGCUGCCGCUUGCCAAGGCUUUGCACGCGUCGUUUCCUCAGACGCACUUUGCGCUGGUCGACCUCUGGGGUCACGGGCUGACCGACACGCCCGUCGUCCCCCACGAACCGAGAAUCUUCCACGAGCUUCUGGAUGCUCUGCUGGACCAGCUCGGUUGGCCUUGCGCCCACCUCGUUGGGUACUCGUUCGGGGCCGCCUUGACGGUGGGAUACGUAGCCUCACGGGCGUCGCGGGUGAAGAGUUUCGUUCUCGUUGCGCCCGCCGGGCUCCUCCGCGCUUCUGAAUUCACCGCGGAGCAGCAAAACUACUUGCGCGGCAACGACGUCGACGAGACUGCCGCGCGGAAGUUCACUCUUAACUUCCUCGAGGGUGGGGAUUUGGUAGUGCCCACAGACUGGAAGGAGCGCGUCGCCAAGGGAGAAGUUGUUGCCGAGGCCGUGAGGGAGUGGCAGAUGCGCGAGCAUCCCGGACACACGGCUUCUGUUGUUGCCAUUUUCAGGGACGGCGGUGUCUUUGACAACGAUGCUGAGUUUGUUCGGGCGGUUGGCACUGGCAUCCCGUCGCUGGUGGUGCUGGGAGAACUGGACGAUUUGUGCAGUGAGGGUCAGAUUAAGGAACUCGGCUUGAGAAACGUUGUUGUGGUCCCCAAGGUUGGACAUGCCGUGGUCAGGCAAAGAGUACCAGAAGUGGCGGCAUCUAUCAGUGGCUUCUGGAAGAAAGAAGCUUGA